AAAAUUCCUAAGUUUCAUAAGGUAUAUAUGGAUAACUUUUUUACUUCACAUGGAUUGAUGGCUCGUUUGCAACAACAAGGAUUUUGUGCUACUGGAACUGUUAGAGACAAUCGAAUGGAACAAUCCGAUGCCCUAUUUGAUAAAGCGAACAAAAUAGCUGCUGUUCGGUGGAACGACAACCGUGUAGUUUCGUUGCUUAGUAAUUUUGAAGAGACAAAAGUAUACGGAAAAAUACAGCGUCGUGUAAAGGGAGACAGGAAAGAUGUCGAUGUUCUAUUUUGUAUUACAUCAUACAAUAAACAUAAAAAUGGAGUUGACCUAUUUGACAGUCAUAUGAAAAAUUACUUUGCAUCUAUUCAAGGACAAAAAUGGUACUGGUCGCUUUUUGUGAAUUGUUUUGAAACCGCCCUCAUCGCAGCCUGGAAAAUUUCCAAACUAUUUUCACCUGACGAUACUCAGGACUUGCUAACAUUUCGCAGAUCUAUAACAGUAAGUUACCUUGGUGAAACAAUCCCACGAAAUAAUGUUAGGCAAAGAGGUUCUCUGAAAAAUAACAAAGAACUUCUUCUUCUAAAUUCAGAACAUGUGCUAGUUAAAAAUCCGGAUGGUCGUCAAAGACGGUUCCAAUUAAAAUCUUGUAAGAAAAAACCCAUUACUAUAUGUAAAAUGUGCGAUGUUGGUCUAGGUCGAGACUGUUUUUUGGAUUUUCAUUCGUAAAAAAAACUUUUUUUGAGGUAAGUCAAGUUUUGUAAUAUUUGGUAGUGUAUUGGACCGCUGUCCUAUUUAUAGGACAGUCUGUAUAUUUAAAAAUAUUAAAUAUUUUUUAAAUUUUUUUAUUUCAUGUGCAUUAAUGAAGGUUUUAAAAAUUUACCUUUUUUCCUAUUGUUUUAAUGAGCGGUCUGAUAUGGGUUAAUUUCAUGGCAUUUUUCUAUUUAAUGUUUCAUUUACUGUUUAAAGUUGUUAUUCCAAUUCAUUAAAAUAGUAUUACAAUAUCUUUGUGUGUGAAAAAAAUAUUUUCUAAAACUAAAAAUUCUGUUUUACAAUUUUUUUUCCUGCAAUUGCAUCAAUUAUCUUAAGGCCAGUAGCCACAUGACAGAAUUGGAACGACAUUGUCGCAGAACAUUACGGAGUUAAUACAGAAGGAUUUUUCUUUUGAAAAGUAAAAAAAUUUAAUUUUCUGUUCAACACGGUUCUUAAAUUGCACAAUGUAUUUCGAACAAUAUAGAAAAUUCAAAUCGUGCAUUUGAGUAUUUACUUUUUAGGGCAAUAACUUUUGGGAGUUAUUGCUAUUAAUGUCAAAGCGAAACACACAUUUGAGACGUCUGGUACGCAUGAUUUAAUCUCAAUUAACUUUGAGAAAUAAGAAAAUAGUCUAUUAACAUUAAUUAAGCCUGUCCUCAAUAAGGCAAUGCUCUAAUUUAAAUGAACUAUUAUUUCUUAAGUUCACACUGACAAAAUUAUGUGGAAAAUUGCAUUAGUUAACAAUUAUAAAACAUAGGUUGAAUAACAUUGAUACACAACACAAUGUUAAUGCAAUUAUUUAUUUAUUAAAAUAUUUAAGCAUCUCGGGUCUUUAACUAUAACACGGUUUAAAUGUUCUUGAAAUUAUACUUGUGCAGACAGCAGUCUCAUCUUUAGACUGUGCUCCUCUUUCCUUCUCAUUAUUUCCAUCUCCAGUUUAUUCUUUUCUUCAAUGGAACAAGCAGCUUUUUGGAGCAGAUUUUUUGGCCUGUUUGCGGAACAUUGAGAAGCUCGGUUUGAAAGGACCUGGGGUUUCGAGCUAGGUCAGAGUUAACGGUGAAUUCGGGGGUUAGAGGAAGUAGAUAAAGAAAAUUACGCAGAUAGUGAUUCCGAUUGCUUUGAUGAGGAGGAUGACGUAACAAUGAAAACAAUUUUUGGAGAAGAAGUUAAUGUUAUCAAAAAUGAUAAAAUACAACAAACUUUCACAUGGCGUGAAAUUCAAAACUUGGACCAUUCGAAAAAGAUAAAUUUUACCGGACAAUCGGGUGUUGCUCCCUCAAUUAUGCACUUAUAGAAUGACGUUGAUUUUUUUGAUUGAUUUAUUUCUAAAGAGCUACUUCAACUAAUUUCAACAGAGUUUAACCGUUAUUAUGAUAACCAAUUAAACUUACAUCCAGAGAAGGAUAAAAGGUCGUAUUCAUCUGAGUGGUAUGAAACGAAUGGAGACUAGUUGAAAAUAUUUUUUGCCUUGAUUUUGCUCAUGGGCCAUAUUGAAAGAGACUGAUGAAAGGAUUAUUGGUUUAUCGACGAGCUAAUUGCCACACCAAUAUUUUGGGAAAUCAAUGCCUAGGGACAGAUCUCUACAAAUAUUAUGCGUUCUUUGAUUCGCUGAUAAUUCAUCGAAACCAGGAAAUGAUGACAGACUCUGAAAAUUGCGUGAUGCGAUUGACCUAAUCAAAUAUUACUCUCCAACGGAAGAAUUGUCAAUAAAUGAACUUAUUGUUAAAUUUAAGGUAUCCGACUACCUUGAAAAAGGGGUAUUUGGUCAA